UUUGGACCGUGUUUGGCUACGUCAUUAUUAAAGAAACAUAAACGAGGACCAAAGAAACCGCCGAAGAUUCGAAUAUAUAUACAAGAGAAUCCGGCCGUGCUUUGUUCCGUUUUCCGACGAUCUUUUUCCCUUCUGCGGACUAACUGCAUUGCCUUCCGGCGGGUGAUAUGGCGGCUUGUGCGAGAAUUUGUUGCGGCGGCGGCGGAGGAAUCGUCUGCGAUCGGCGGACGGUGAACGCCCGAUCGCCGCCGUGCGUGGUUCCGAUCUCUGGUCGCCGGAGUCGUCGCUUGUCCGAGAUCGGGAGGAUUUCGAUGUCAACGUCGAUGGCGAAACCGGCGGUCAAGUUGGCAGGGAGGAGGAGGCUCGGCGGAGGAGUAAGAGAUGACGGGGCCGUCGUGUCGAGGGAGAAGCUCGACGAGUGGAUGAGGGAUUCGGUGGUGGAGAUCGUGAAGAAUCUGAGGGAAACUCCGCUGCUGCUCCACGUUUACGCCGGAGCGAACGGAUCUCUGACCUCCACGGCGGCGGCGACGGCGUUAGAGAAGGCGGAGGACUGGCCGGCGGUAGAGGGGAGAUGGGAGAGAGGGGAAGAACGGACGCCGGAGGGCGUGAUAUUCGUGGAGAAGCUCGGCGAUGAUGACGUCACAGAUCGGGAUUCAGCGGAUGAGAACGGUCGCGUUGGUGACGUAAGCGACGGCGGAGCGCGUGGGGAAGGAACGAGCGCGUGGGGAAUCGUGGCGCAAGGGAGAGGAAUGGAUUGUGGGCCGGUUUGCUAUCUAUUGAAGACAACGCGGGUCAGGUCCGGUUUAGGGCCGGUUUGCACGCACUUCUCUUUGGUUAAGGUGAAGAGCUUCAGGGAAACGGCCAUGUCGCAGCUGAGCAACUGCUGGUUGGUGCAAGCUGGUCAAUGAAAAGCCAGCAGCCCUCCCUCCAUGGAUUAUUCUACUUAGCCAAUUCAUUAGAGUCAGAGAAUCAAAUCUGUACAUUGGAUCUUACAUUCCAUAUAUUCUUCAUUCUUGCCGAUUUCAGAAUCGAAUAUAUUUUAUUUUCCAGCUAUUUCAUGGAAAUUUAAGAUAUUGUGGCACAAAAGUAUGAAAAACUCGACAGACUUAUCAAUAUGAAAUAUAUGUGAUCUUCUUUGAUUCA